AUGGUUAAUGUUGCCCAAUGUGUUCUGCACGCUUGCAAUAUAGGAAAAGAACGUCGAGAUUAUCUUAAGAAACAGUCAUUUUUCGUCUAUCUCUUUAUCUGGUGCAUGUCUACUAUGAAGAAUGCUCAUUUAUACAUACUGAUGUAUACCAAACAAGUGGCUUUUCAAUCUAAACCAAACGACACGUUUUUAGCGCCUAAUAGUCUAAUGUGCUUUUUGGUGCAAUUACUCUUCAGCGUUUAUAGCUUAUAUAUUAUGCUGAUGUGGGGUACUAGAUUUGUCAUUCAUUAUCGCAAGCGCUUUGCUGCUGGUGGUAUUGGGCCUUUCCUGUGCUUUACAUCAACGGUUGGAUCGGCUAUUAAGAACUGGUUUUUGAAGUUGCUUCAAGAAUGCUUGACUGGAAUAGUACUGGGAAUAUUGUUGGCCCAACUUCCACCUCACCACUUCGUUGGUAAGGGAUUGCUUUUUAUCCUUUACAGUUUCUUGUUGGCGGCCAAAAUCAGUAAUUUCAAAACACUGAUAAAAAGAUGCGCCAAAGCCACUGAUCAAGAUGAAAAGAUGGGUUACAUCAUUGUUUUGAUCAAAAACACCAUCUCAACCUACUUGUUGUUCCUAGUAAUGAUUCUUUUAUUCACUAUUACUGAUCAUAGACCAGUGUUUCCCAGUGCUACAUUUGAAGCAAAAUUCCAGUAUACCGGGGAUCCUUCUGACUUUAAAGGUCAAUAA